UAAUCAGUAAAUAUUAAAAUCAAAUUAAUAUAGCAAAAAAAAAAUUGUCGAAAUAUCAAGAAGUAGGGUUUGGGAUUCUUCCUCGUCUUUGCUUGUGCUGGCUUCCUCUUCCACCUCUUUCUCUCUCUGCCAUUCACAGAAUUCUUAUAACUUUAUUUUUUUUUCUCUAUAUAUAUUUUCUGAACUCUUUCUUUGUCUGCCACUGUAUGUAAUCAUAUCACCCUCUGUACUGUAAUAUUUUUUUCCUCUCUAUCUAUAUAUAUAUAUAUAUAUGUGCACAUAAAUAGAUAAAAGGAUAGGGUUAUUGGGUAGUCAAGAGGUAACCCAGCUGAGCCUUCAAGAGAAAACACUCCAGAGAGAGAGAGAGAGAGAGCAAAUAAACCAUAUCUGAUUAUCUGUUCUUUCCAUGUUGGAUUGCUUGGAUGAGUGAGAUGAUAGUUUGUUUUUGUAUUAUGUCCUUGAAUAUUUGAGAUGAGUUUUAAAGGAAAGAAAGAGAAAGAGAAAAGAGAAUAGAGAAGAGAUAUAUAGAUGUAUAAACGGUGAUCUAGUUGUACAUAGUUGUGUUGCAGAGAUGUUCAGACAAGCAAUAUCCAUGGCCUAGAUAGCGACUUUGGAGAAUAACCCAUCAUCAUCAUCUCUUCACGAGAUUUCUUUUCUUUCAAUUAUAUAUUUGCUUUUACCACCCAAUAGACGAAACCUUUCUGUGGCUCUAUAUAUCUAUAUAUGUAAAACAUAUGAUGUGUCUUUAGCUCUCUGCCAUCUGAUCAUCAUGAUGAUCUUUCAUAUAUAAAUAAUCCUUGUUUGGUUUGUUGAGUAGUCCAAAUUAAGCUCCGAUUGUUUGUGUCUUCCGCUGGUUUUUUUUUUUUUCUUUCUGAGUGGUGUGAAAAGUGGGGCAAUAGUACUUGAAGAAAAAAGGGCUUAAAGCUGCGAGAGAGAAAACAAGAUAUAUAUACAUAUCUUAUACAACAAACAAAGAGAUAUCAGAGUACUUUGCUAGCUUUACUCUCAGGUCCAUUUUUUUUCUUUUCUAAUUUUAUAAUAUAGUGAUUUGUUUUUCUCUGUUGGAGUUUUCUUCCAAGGGCAAUGUUUUCAGUAGCCAUGUCUAAUUCUACUUCUAAUUUGUCUGAGGAAGCUAGUGUUUCUUCUGGUACUAGAGUCCAUGAUUUUGGGGGAAUAUUCAUUAAUAAUAAUAAUAAUCCACUAGUUACACACUUUUCUGAUCAUAAUAAUAAUAGUAGUACUAAUAAUAAUAAUAUUAUUAUUAUUAAUGAUCCACACGAUCAGCAACUACAGAAAGUCAAGAAGAAAAGAAGCCUCCCUGGACACCCAGACCCAGAUGCUGAAGUGAUUGCAUUAUCUCCAAGGACUCUUCUAGCCACAAAUAGAUUUGUGUGUGAGAUAUGCAACAAAGGGUUUCAGAGAGACCAAAACCUUCAGCUCCACAGAAGAGGCCAUAACCUUCCAUGGAAGCUUAAACAAAGGAGCAGCAAAGAGAUAAAGAAGAGAGCAUAUGUUUGCCCUGAGCCCACGUGUGUUCAUCACCACCCUUCAAGGGCUCUUGGAGAUCUAACGGGCAUAAAGAAACACUAUUGUAGAAAACAUGGAGAGAAGAAGUGGAAGUGUGAAAAAUGCUCAAAGAUCUAUGCUGUUCAAUCUGAUUGGAAGGCUCACUCUAAAACCUGUGGUACCAGAGAGUAUAGAUGUGACUGUGGAACCCUUUUCUCCAGGAAGGAUAGCUUCAUAACCCACAGAGCCUUCUGUGAUGCUUUAGCCGAAGAAAGCGCAAGACUCUCAGCCGCAGCGGUGGCGGCAGCGGCGGCGGCGGCGGCAGCAAACCCAAUCCAACCACUCUUCCCUCUCUCUACAAUAACUCACAACUACACAAACCAACCUCCUCAGCCCAUUCACAUUUGGGACACACCUCAGCAAAACCCUAACCCUAGCUCCACUCAACCACGUCCACUGCUCCACAUGAUCAAGCCUGAAACUCACCACUUCCCCACACCGCCGCCGCAUUCGCAGCCGCCGUUGAUGAUUUUCCAAGACUCUACAGCGCAGCAGCCGGAGCCCCAAAAGGGCUUGAUUGGCUCACCCUUCCAGGCCUUCCACGUCAGCUCACAGAUGGCCUCCUCCAACGCGGCCACGUCAGCACACCUAUCGGCCACUGCGCUGCUCCAGAAGGCUGCCACAGUCGGGGCCGUGGCGUCUGGGGCGCACUGCCAGGGCCAAGGUCACGAUCAGUCAGUGGGUCACGUGACUGAGUUCGGGAGGGUGAUGAGUCGCCAUCCCGUGAUGAACGAGUUCAUCCUCGGACGUGGGUUGACGUCCGAUGACCUUGCCACGUGGCGUAAAAGCGACCGGUUGACCAGGGACUUUCUUGGUUUGACUGCUGACGUCAAUAAUAAUAAUAAUAGUAAUAACAAUAUUAUUGUUGGUGGUGGUGGUGGUGGUGGUGGCGAGAGUUUGGGGAACGGCUCUGCUAACGUUAAGGACAUGCUAACGUACACCGGGGGCGUAGAGUUCCCGCCUUUCGAUCAACGAGUUCACAGCUCACUGAUGAAGCCCCAAGUUUUCGGGUUCGUGGAGGCUGCCACGCAAACCUGGGCUGAUUGUUGAGUUCGAGGGGUAAAAGAGUAAAUUACUACAUGUCUUUGCUUAAACGACAACAACAUUUGAUUCCUCUAUAUGAAAGUUCUUAACGUUAAUUAUUAUUGUUUGUUUUGCUAGAUGACGUUAUUUGCGACAUUUUUUUUAAUCAAUUGUUAUUGUUAGUCGACCUA